AUGGGAGGGCAUAAGAGUUGCCGUGACACCCAGAGGGUUCUGAAGAGGAUCUGCUGGUGGCAAGACAUGAUGAAAGAAAUUGAAGUGACGGUACACGAGUGUCUCACUUGCGCGAAAGGGCGGAAGAGACCGACGAAGCAGGAAAGCGUGAGCGUGAAGCCGACGAACCUGGAAUGUUGGGAGGAAGUUACGGUGGACUUUGAAGGACCUAUGCUGCCUGCGGAUGCAGCAGGGAACCGGUAUGUUCUCUCGUAUGUGGACAUGGUGUUCUUUUUGAGCCUUGCCGGGACGUCACCAAGCAAGAAGUUCGAGUUUCGGAGUGUGGUCUUCCAGGAAUACUGUGCGGUGGUUGGGAUUCAACAGAAGUUUGCUGCCCUUCUUCGUCCGGUUGAAAUGGGAGCAUGUGAGCGGCUUCGUCAGGAAUCUCAGAAGCUGCUUGGAGUUUUGCUUCAUGACGUGUGUGGGGCUUAUCCCCACGAGUGGAGCGAGCUCCUCCCCGUGGUAGAGUUUCUCCUUGCCACGACGCCCACGCAAGCGGGGAUUGCUCCGUGCGAUCUGGAAAGAGCAUGGUCCAUGGCGAUUCCUUUGGAGCGGGACCUGGAGCCCUUUACAGUGCUUGAAUGGGAGCCCGUGUCGGAAUACGCGGCGAGGCUGUUCAGGCGUUACAGGGAGCUCCGCGUGAAGGUUUUGAACUACCGAGCUGAGGAAUCUGCUAAAAGAGCAAAACUGCUCAACCGCUUCCGGGUGUCUAAGUUUCGCGAGCAGGAAGAAAAGUACCUGCCGCGGUCUUUGGGGCAAAUGCUUGAGGAAAAGAACGACCCAACGAAGAAGGAACCUAAGUUGCUCCGGACCUACAAGGAAAGGGCUCUAAGCAGUGCUGUGGUUGCAGAACGAGAAGUGACGGCGCAUAAACAUGAGACGCUUUCUGUCCAGAGGGUUAUCAUGAAGGUCGAGCUGUUGAAGCAUGGUGUUUUGAAUCAUGAGUGGUGGAAGGAGCUGGUUCAGCCCUCCGCCAUCCUGUUGGAGGAGUCUGAGCGGAAGGAGGUUGACCUCACGGAUCCUAAGGGAGUGGUCUCGGAGUUUGAGAUUCCUGAGAAAGCGCUUACGACGGCCGAGCUGGAACAGCUUGCGAAGGAAGCAACGGCUAAAUGGAGCAAGGUCGGGAAGGCCAAGUCCUGGGAUGAGAUUCGAGUCGAGGAGGCGGCAGUCGUGAAAGAGGUCCUCAGCCGAAAGGCAGGACGCCGCCCCACCGGCUCUCUCCUGAGCAAGCUCAGUGGAUUGUCUUGGGAGAUUAUUGCUGAGGCCGCCGGGUCCCUUUGGCUGACCAUGCUCGAUGCAGUGACUGGAUUCAAUCGGCUGCAGAACAGUGACAGGGCACGCCGCGUGUUAGCGGUGGUGACACGUAGUGGGCAGUUUCUCCCCACGUGUCUGACGUUUGGACCGGUCAACGGUCCGGAAGCGUUUGCCUACGUCAUGGACCGAAUCUACGCAAGAGGUUCCGGUCGGGUGGCAAGAGCUGCGUCCCAGUGGCUGGCUUACGUGGAUGAUCACACGAUUAAAAGCGGUCGGAUGAUUAACGGAGUGGCCUACCGGGACUCUGAAGUCUCAGAAGCAGUUCACGAGAAAGCCCCGCCGGAGGCUUGCCAAGAUGUCGCCGAGGCUCUGGAGGCAGCUGGUUUCAGCGCUCGAGGGCUCGGGGUCGAGCGAAGUAAGGAAGCAAAGGGAAAUAAGAAGUAUACGACGGAAGCGGACCGGAACCACCAGUUUGCUCAUGAUGCGGAAACCGGGUUCGUUUGUACCUCGUCCUUUUGCGUUCUGUUGGUGUGUUGUUUGGUUGUUGUUCGCGUCCUGGCGCCGCGGCCAGACCCCUCCUUCCACUCCCGGGGGUGGUCGCCUUGGUUGGGUUCUUGGGGCGGGUUCCGCGGGGUAGCCCGGGGCUCCGUGAUGGGAGCCCGGCCGCCCGUGCAACCGCGAAGCGUACCAAAAGAAAAG